AUGUUUCUCCUGUUGCAACUUCAAACCAAUGUCGUGCUAAGCUUUGUCCAACAACUUCCUUGCUUUCCUUCCGUCUUCCUUCCUUCCUCCCUUCCUUGCUUUCUUUCCGUCUUCCUUCCUUCCUCCCUUCCUUUCUUUCUUUCCUCCCUUCCUUUUCUUUCCGUCUUCCUUCCUUCCUCCUUCCUUGCUUUCUUUCCGUCUUCCUUCCUUCCUCCUUCCUUUCUUUCUUUCCGUCUUCCUUCCUUCCUCCUUCCUUGCUUUCUUUCCGUCUUCCUUCCUUCCUCCUUCCUUUGCUUUCUUUUCCGUCUUCCUUCCUUCCCCCUCCCUUUUCUUUCUUUCCGUCUUCCUUCCUUCCUCCUUCCUUGCUUUCUUUCUUUCCGUCUUCCUUCCAUCCUCCUUCCUUUCUUUCUUUCCGUCUUCCUUCUUCCUCCUUCCUUGCUUUUCUUUCCGUCUUCCUUUCUUUCUUUCUCCCCUUUGCUUUCUUUUCUUCUUCCUUCUUCCUUCCUUCCUUUCUUUCUUUUUCCGUCUUCCUUCCUUCCUCCUUCCUUGCUUUCUUUCCGUCUUCCUUCCUUCCUCCCUUCCUUGCUUUCUUUCCGUCUUCCUUCCUUCCUCCCUUCCUUUCUUUCUUUCCGUCUUCCUUCCUUCCUCCCUUCCUUGCUUUCUUUCCGUCUUCCUUCCUUCCUCCCUUCCUUGCUUUCUUUCCGUCUUCCUUCCUUCCUCCCUUCCUUUCUUUCUUUCCGUCUUCCUUCCUUCCUUUCUUUCUUUCCGUCUUCCUUCCUUCCUCCCUUCCUUGCUUUCUUUCCGUCUUCCUUCCUUCCUCCCUUCCUUUCUUUCUUUCCUCUUCCUUCCUCCCUUCCUUUCUUUCUUUCCGUCUUCUUCCUUCCUUCCUCCUUCCUUUCUUUCUUUCCGUCUUCCUUCCUUCCUCCCUUCCUUGCUUUCUUUCCGUCUUCCUUCCUUCCUUCCUCCCUUCCUUGUUUUCUUUCCGUCUUCCUUCCUUCCUCCCUUCCUUGCUUUCUUUCCGUCUUCCUUCCUUCCUUUCUUUCUUUCCGUCUUCCUUCCUUCCUCCCUUCCUUGCUUUCUUUCCGUCUUCCUUCCUCCUUUCCUUUCUUUCUUUUUCCGUCUUCCUUCCUUCCUCCCUUCCUUUCUUUUCUUUCCCGUCUUCCUUCCUUCCUUCCUUUUCUUUCCGUCCGUCCUUCCUUCCUCCUUCCUUCCUUUCUUUCUUUCCGUCUUCCUUCCUUCCUCCCUUCCUUUCUUUCUUUCCGUCUUCCUUCCUUCCUCCCUUCCUUUUCUUUUCUUUCCGUCUUCCUUCCUUUCCUUCCUUCCCUUUCUCUUCUUCCUUCCUUCCUUCUUCCUUCCUCCUUCCUUCCUUGCUUUCUUUCCGUCUUCCUUCCUUCCUCCCUUCCUUGCUUUCUUUCCGUCUUCCUUCCUCCCUUCCUUUUCUUUCUUUCAAAUCUUCCUUUCUUUCCGUCUUCCUUCCUUCCUCCUUCCUUUUUCUUUCCGUCUUCCUUCCUUUUCCUUCUUCCUUCCUUCCUCCCUUCCUUUCUUUCUUUCCGUCUUCCUUCCUUCCUCCCUUCCUUGCUUUCUUUCCGUCUUCCUUCCUCCCUUCCUUUCUUUCUUUUCGUCUUCCUUCCUUCCUCCUUCCUUUCUUUCUUUCCGUCUUCUUCCUUCCUUUCCUUUUUUUUCUUUCCCGUUCCUUCCUUCCUUCCUUCCUUUGCUUUCUUUCCGUCUUCCUUCCUUCCUCCUUCCUUGCUUUCUUUCCGUCUUCCUUCCUUCCUCCCUUCCUUGCUUUCUUUCCGUCUUCCUUUCUUCCUCCCUUCCUUGCUUUCUUUCCGUCUUCCUUCCUAUUUUAUUUAUUCUUCUUCCUAUUUCCUUCCUAUUUGCCUUAUCUUAUUUUAUUUCAUCCCGUUCUCCAUCAUUUGGAGUUUCUCCUCCAAAGUCCGACCAGACCACCGCCUUCGUUCGAUUCAGUCUUUAAUUCUUUUACAGUAUUUUUUUUUCUUUCUUGUAGCUGAAGCAUUUCACCGAUCUCUUUUUAUUUAUUUUUCUUUUCUUCAACGGGGUUAG